GGAGAUGGAGGCCUCGUUACUAAACGCGCAGGCGCAAACCUGGAGCUGGAGCUGGGGCUAGAGCUAGGACUGGGGCUGGGACUGCGCCGUGCACGGCAGUGCCUGAUGGAUGCCCUGCCUCUGUAGGGUAGCGGCAGCCCUACAGCGAACAGACCUCGCAGGCAGCUUCGUGGGAUUUUGUGCAGAGGGGUCUGGUUCCCCACCGACCCUCGCUGUGCGUCACUUGUCGGGGAAGGGUGCCCUUGAAAGAUUCCAGCUGGUGUGGGCUUUCUGCAGAGCUAGUCCAGGCUACUAUGGCUGUACCACUAACAGCAGCUAAAACUCUGGCCCUUCAGGAUACACAGGAACAAGAGAAGAUUGUUAUUUUGAAGCCAAAAAAAGAGGAACAGUCUUGGGAAUAUGAGACCAGGCUACCUGGGAACCACUCCAGCAGCCAAGAGAUCUUCCGUCAGCGCUUUAGGCAGCUCUGCUACCAGGAGACCCCUGGUCCAAGGGAGGCCCUGAGCCAACUACGGGCACUCUGUUGUGAAUGGCUAAGGCCAGAGAGACACACCAAGGAGCAGAUCCUGGAUUUACUGGUGCUGGAACAAUUCCUGACCAUCCUGCCUGAGGAACUCCGGUCCUGGGUGCGAGAACAUCACCCAAAGAGUGGAGAGGAGGCUGUGACUGUGCUGGAAGAUUUAGAGAAAGGACUUGAACCAGGACCGCAGGUUCCAGGCCCUGCAGAUGGACCUGCACAGGAAGAGCCGUGGGAGAAGAAGGCAUCUCUGGGACCAGCCCAGGAGGAACCAAGCAUCCAGCUCCAACCUAAGGAGACCCAGCUCAAGUGUGAAUCUCAGGAGACCCAGCCUUUGCCAGAGAGUGAACAGGUAUUAUUACAUUUUCCAUCAGUUGUUGCAGAAGAUGGCCCAAAACCCAAGGACAAAGGAUCACUGCCACAGCUGCCCAUUACCAAAGUGGAAUCACAAGUGUUCUCAGAAAAACUCACUACCGACGCUUCUCCAUUUGAAGCUACCUCUGAAGUUGAGGGCACCUUAGAACAGCAGCAAAGAAAUUCCAAAGCAAAGAGACGGAAGUGGUCCCCUGCUCAAGGGAAAAGUUUCAGACAGAUGGUUGUCACAAAUAAGAAAAUUCCCACAGGGAAGAAAGACCAUGAAUGUAGUGAAUGUGGGAAAGCCUUCAUUUAUAACUCACAUCUUGUAAUCCACCAGAGAAUUCAUUCUGGAGAGAAACCCUAUAAGUGUAGUGACUGUGGAAAAACUUUCAAUCAGAGCUCAAACCUCAUUCAGCAUCAGAGAAUUCAUACUGGAGAGAAACCCUAUGAAUGUAGUCAAUGUGGAAAGGCCUUCAGGUGGGGUGCUCAUCUUGUUCAACAUCAGAGGAUUCAUUCAGGAGAGAAGCCCUAUGAGUGCAAUGAGUGUGGGAAGGCCUUCAGUCAAAGCUCAUAUCUUAGUCAGCACCUGAGAAUUCACAGUGGAGAGAAACCUUUUGUAUGUAAAGGAUGUGGGAAAGCUUACAGAUGGAGUUCAGAGCUUAUUAGACAUCAGAGAGUUCAUGCUAGCAAAGAGCCUUCCCAGUGUAUUGAAGAUGAUAAAGUCUCCAGACAGACUUGUACUUUUGUCUAAGCUACUUAAGACUAGAUCUCAUAAAAGUUAUAAGCAUCUUAA